AUGAGUGAAAAUGAAGAAAUGCAACAAGAAGCAUCGCUUCAACUCUAUAAAUCACAGGUCUCCCAGGUGGAGCAAGCCAUUCAGGCAGCUGGAGAAUCUCCUGACCUGACCCAAUUAAGAAAUGACCUUCAGGAGUUGAUUUCUCUGACAGAAGAACAUCUGCUUGAGCUUAAGAAAGCCCGGCUGCUGAAAUCUUUAGGAGAUCCAGAUUUUGAUCAGCCAGAUACUUCUACAGAUCAGCAGACAUCAAAUGUUGAUGAUGAAUAUGCAGUCUUCCAGGCUGCCUUGUCUGAGGAGUUGAAAGUUGCACCAAGUCACUCAGCUUUGCCAUCAUCUUCAAACAAUGUUUCCAGAAAUGACAGUAAUUAUGACAGUAGUGGGGAUGAGGACAGCAGGGAAGAACUACAAGCUUCACCUGACUAUUCUCAGCUGAUUGGAACAAAAUGCAGAGCUCCAUUUUCUCAUGAAUAUGGAGGGUUUCAUUAUGGAAAUGCUAUGAUAUGGUCCAUAGAUCCACUAGCAGAAAGUAGUGAUGAAUAUAAGGUUCGAGUUGUGUUCAUUAAUCCAACCCACCCAUCUAUGAUUCCUUGUAAAUACUUCCUAGAUGGCAACUGUCGGUUUUCUGAUGAGGAAUGCAGGCGUUCUCAUAGUCAUCCUGUGUUAGUGUCAGAGCUCAAGGCUUUUGAAGAACCAGAUCACAGCAAAAUAAUUGAAGGGUGUCGCUGCCUGGCCAAGAACUUAGAUGAUGUGUGGCAUACAGCUACAGUUAUUGAUGUCUGUGACGAUCACUUGGUCAAUGUACGAUUUGACUCUCAGCAAUUGGAAUGUACAGUUCAAGUGGAGCACAUUGUACCACUAGAUGAUGAAGAUAGCAGCAGUUCAGAUGAUGAAGACAGCAGUUCAGGUGAUGAAGGUGGUCCCUCAGGCCUGUUGAGAAGUGGUGAUGCUGAUUCAGAUAGUAAUCUCCCAGUUUAUUUGUGGAAGCCAGCCCAGACGACAGACAAAUUAGGAGCAUGGGAGAGGCAUACAAAGGGCAUUGGUUCCAAGCUAAUGGCCAAGAUGGGUUAUAUUACUGGCCAGGGUCUGGGUCCACAGGGAGAUGGAAGAGCUGAACCAGUGCCUAUUAUGCUUUUACCACAAGGAAAAUCUCUGGACAAGAUUAUGCAGCUCAAGGAAAUGUCUGGCAAUACUGAUAUGUUCAAUGCAAUGAAGGAGCUGGAGAAGCGACAGAAAGUGCAAGAAAAGAAAGAAACAGAGAAGGAAAAGCAAAGACAGAUCAGACAGAAUGCAGGACUAUUUGGAUUUAUCAACAGAAAACUCGGGGAAGAGAAAGAACAUGCAGAGCAGCACCGGCGGCCUGAUAAAGAAAGCGGCAAGGUGUUGCAUUCGUCAGAGAAGGACCUGGUACAGAAGUCUGAUAAAGAGGUUAAUGUCCAGAUCUUCAGAACAGCAGAGGAGAUGAAAAAGGUAGAGAGAAAUCUGGAUCAUCUCAAGCAACAGCUGGUUAGAAAUGAGUCCAG